AUGAAACAGCUGAAGAAUGAUGGCAUUUUGGAGAAUCUCAGACCUGAUUAUAAGGCUGAUAUACUCACAAAACGUCUCAACAAUUUCAAAAUGAAUACUCUGCCAAUGCUCAAAGACUUAGAUGAUCAAGAAAAACUUAAAGUAAUAAGAAUUAAGAAGAUAUUCUUCAAAGGAGUUAGCGAAGAAAUUGCACCAUGUUCAACAAGUAAAAUAUCUGCAAAAUUUCAAUGCUUUCGAAUUUUUUUGCAUAAAUUUCAUUUUUGGAAGGACGAUAACGCUGAAAUGGAAAAAAUAUUACAAGAAAUCAAUGCAGCAAUCGACGAAAUCAUCCCUAAAUCUUAA